AUGUCCAAGUUUGCUCAGAUAAAUAUUGCCAACGGUGAGCUUUAUUUGGAGAAUGUUCUCCAGGCAGGUCAAGCUUUCAGAUGGGUCUUGAAUGAAGUCAAGAAUCACUACUCAUCGACUAUGAAGAUUGGUAGUAAAGGCCGCUAUUCUGUGGUGAUAUUGAGGCAACCUAGUCCUGAAGUAUUGGAGUAUGCGUCUCUUGAUAAUACUUGUGAUCUAAAGGUUUUAAAGGAGCAUUUAGUGAAAUAUUUCAGGCUGGAAGUAUCAUUACAUGAUCUCCACUCAAAACAGUGGCUACCUAACGACUCAAGAUUCGAGGAUUUUAAACCUAAAGGUGUCAGAAUGCUUGGCCAGGAGCCAUGGGAGACACUGGUAUCCUUUAUUUGCUCUAGUAAUAACAAUAUCUCAAGAAUAACUAAGAUGUGUCAUGGCCUGAGCACCAAUUAUGGGAAUAAACUGGGUACUUUUGAUUCUCUGGAUUAUUUUUCCUUUCCAACAAGUGAUGAGAUUGCCAAUAAAGCAAGUGAGGAACAGUUGAGAGAAUUGGGAUUCGGAUAUCGUGCUAAAUAUAUAAUGGAGACUGCCAAGCAAAUGGUCCAGGAUAAGAAGGAGAAGGGUUUUACUGAUGAUACUCAAUUUUUGGAGUAUCUCAGAUCUCAUAUGACAUAUGAGCAAAUGAGAGAGCAUUUGAUGACAUACACGGGCGUAGGGCCCAAGGUUGCUGAUUGUAUAUGUCUCAUGGGACUUCGUAUGGACGAAGUUGUACCCGUUGAUGUGCACGUUGGUAGGAUCGCUAAGAGAGAUUACCAAUUUCAAGCUAAAAAGAGUGACAUUAAAGAUUUAGCAGAAAGGUACAGAUCAAUGCCCAUCACAAGAAAGAAGAUUAACUUUGAACUUGACCUGAUUAGACUAAUGUUCCUAAAGAAGUGGGGUCCUUAUGCGGGAUGGGCUCAAGGCGUGCUUUUCUCUAACGAGAUAGGCAAGACCAGUGGAGUUACCUCAAGUGGAGUAAUAAAGAGGCGUAAACUGGAGGUCAAAGUCGAAGUUAACAAUGAUGUUGUAAACGAAGUUGUAACGGAAGAAGAGGUACAAUAUAGUAACACGGGCAGGCCAAAAAGGAAAGUGGUAUCAGAGCUUAAGGUUGAAGCAUACGCGGAUGUUUGA